AUGCCAAUCCACUCCCGCUGGACCCUCCCCAUUCCAACCACCUCCCUCCCUAAAUUCCUCUUCACUUCACCCACACACUCCCUCCCCAAUGGCUCCAAACCAGCCUUCAUAUCCGCCGACUCACCCUCCGUCCAUCUAACCCACGACACCUUCCGGCUCCUCUCCCAACGCCUCGCCGCCGGCCUCAUCAAAGCCGGUCUUCAACCCGGCGACCGUGUACUGCUCUUCUCCGGCAACAACAUCUUCUUUCCCGUAGUCUUCAUGGGCAUUUUAAUGGCUGGCGGAGUAUUCACCGGUGCGAACCCGGGGUAUGUGGCGCGCGAGUUGGCGUAUCAGUUGAAGGAUAGUGAGUCAAGGUUUUUGGUUUGUGCGGAUGCGGCGUUGGAGUUGGGGGUGGAGGCUGCGGAGAGUAUUGGGUUCGGGAGGGAGAGGGUGUUUGUUUUUGACGAUUUGUUGCUUGAUGGUGGUGGUGGUGGGGGGAAGGAUAGGUUGGGGGUGAGGAAUUGGAAAGUUUUGGUGGAGAGUGAGGAGGUGGGCAGAAAGUUCAAAUGGGUGGAUCCGAAGGAUCCCAAAGAGGAUGUUUGUUGUUUGAAUUAUAGCUCGGGGACGACGGGGGUACCGAAGGGCGUGAUGAUAACGCACUACAACUACAUCUCCAACGCCAUCCAGUACAAUCACCUCCCAAGUCUACAUCCAGACUACGAGGAGCGAACGAAGCAGGCGAAUUGGCUCUGCUUCCUCCCCAUGUACCACGCCAUGGCACAAACCAUCUUCAUCACAUGCGGACCUAAGCGUGGUAUUCCAGUGUACAUGAUGAAAAAGUUCGAUUUCGUACAGAUGCUCGAGUCGGUCCAGAAGUUCAAGAUCUCGAAUUUGAUCAUGGUUCCUCCGAUUGUUGUUGCUCUCGCCAAAUCCCCUCUAACGAAGAAAUACGACCUCAGCAGUGUAAGAGACAUCGGAUCUGGAGCCGCACCACUAGGCGGCGACGUGAUUCGAGAAGCUGAAGCACUCUGGCCCUCUGGAGAUAGGAAAUUGAAGCAAGGAUGGGGUAUGACAGAAGCAACUUGCUCCCUCCUAGGCUGGGAUCCAACCCUCGAAGCGCAUCCAUCCUCGGUCGGCGAACUAAACGCGAAUUGUUCCGCCAAAAUCAUGUCUGUAGAUUCGAGACCGUACAAAGAAGUCCCUCAUGGUGAGAGAGGUGAGAUUUGGGUGCAAGGUCCAAACAUCAUGAAAGGCUACUGGCGCAACCCCCGCGCCACCUCCGAAAUCUUCGUCGACGACCCCUCCACCGGCCGCUGGAUGCGCACCGGCGACAUCGCCUACGUCGACACCUCCGGGCGCUUCUUCAUCGUCGACCGCAUGAAGGAGCUCAUCAAAGUCAAAGGCAACCAAGUCGCCCCCGCUGAACUAGAAGGCAUCCUUCUUGAACAUCCGAGUCUGGCGGAUGCGUGUGUAGUUGGGGUUACGAUUGGGGGUGAGGAGUUCCCGAGGGCGUAUGUGGUGAGGAAGGAGGGUGAGGGUGGGCUUAAAGAGGAGGAGGUGAAAGAGUGGUUGGCGAAGAGGGUUAGUAGGACGAAGAGGUUGGAGGGUGGUGUGGUGUUUGUGGAUGCUGUGCCGAAGAAUCCUUCCGGCAAGAUUCUCCGUAAAGUCCUCCGUGAACGAGCAAAGGAAGAGGUUGGCGAUAAAGAGGUGAAAGCGAAACUCUAG